CUUCCUGUAAGGGAAGCUCAGUCAGCUGUCACAAUCUGAAAGGCGAGAAGAGGGAUCACGGGCGAGGAGAAACACACAACAGGAGCUAAAAUGUCUAGUUUUUCCAACAAGUUUAGCGCUUACACGAUGACUCAACUCAACGAAAUUCUGGAGGACGACGAAAAACUCACAAAAAUGGUGCAGGAGAUGGACGAGAUGCAGGAAGUCCAGCAGAGCAAGGAGAUGACAUUGGUGAACAACCGAACCCUGGCGGAGCAAAACCUCGCCCUGCAGCCCAGACUGGAGCACAAGAAAGAGCAGCUCACCAAGCGUUACAGCUGUCUUCAGGAUAACUUUGAGUCCUAUCAGCUUCGCAAGUCCACCCUAGACCACAAGUCAGGAAACACUUCCCUGGACAUUUUGCUGGCGCUACUGCAGGCCGAGGGAGCCAAAAUAGAAGAGGAGACAGAGAAUAUGGCCGAUUCGUUCCUGGAUGGCGACAUGACCCUGGAUUCCUUCAUCGAUGCCUACCAGAGCAACAGGAAGCUGGCCCACUUGAGAAGGGUGAAGAUCGAGAAGCUGCAGGAGAUGGUGAUGCAGGGACAGAGGCUCCCCCAGGCGUCGGUCCCUACCUCACGAUCUCAGGAUGUCUCUGCGGCACCCAGGACCUCGUCCUCCUCCCUCCUCACCGAGAGCAGCACCUCUUCCCCUGUCGCUCAGCCGAGGAGGAAACCCCCACCUCCUCCGUCCCAGCCAGCCCCAAUUCUAAAUUCAGCUCCAGCUCCAACCGCUGCUCCCCAGCCUCAUGUCUUCUACUCAGCAUCACCAUACCCGCCAAUUCCUCCCAGAACAGGCCAACCCUUCCCCAACGUCUCCUCUGGCUACCCCAACCACUUUCUAUCUCAGUACCCCCCUGCUUUGCCUCAGAGGCCCUCACCCCGUAUGGCCCCGCAGCCUGGCUUCAUCAUGCAGUAAAUAAAAACAGCUGCCACUCGGAGGUCGCGGUGUGUGUGUCUUGGACUUUUCACUACUGGAACUCCUCUGGGAACAUUUUUUCUAUGUCGUCGGCCUUCUUGGAUUACGACCAAUCACAACGCAAGAAGGCCGACCUGCGCUGGCUGGUCUCGUCACAUUCAGCUGAAGCAGACCUCCAAUAAUCUCUGUGGGUUGGCGCUCACCUCUCACUCCCAUCAACACUCCCAACAAAAAAAACAAAAAACAAAAAAAAGACGAGAUCGGCUUUGAGUCCCGUCAUAGGAAGGACCCACUAGUGAAAAAGUGUCGGUCGCUGAGCUGGGACUUCAUUUAUUAGCACUUUCUGUCUCCUGGCAGCGCCCUCAGCUCUGCGUUCCCAUUAGUUUUCAGUCUCUCGGCUCCUUUCAAACAUGUUCCUCAAGCUUUUACAGAACACUAAAGUCACUGAAAAAAGGGUUUGAUUAGUCAUUUCCAUCUGCAGCAUACUAAUUUACUGGUAAUGUAUAUGCAAGUAAAAGAGAGACCCUAAUUACUGUGCAGUUUUGAUGAAAAUAUCAUUUUUGAGAAUAUAUUCAGGCGAAACUGCAUCUAUGCUGUGAUUUUUUUUUUUUUUUAAAUCUAAAAAUACACAAGGUACAUAAAAAUAUUUGAAAUUUCAGCAUCUUUUUAAUGAUAUUGUACUAAUGGAGUUAUGUUAAUAAUAGCCAGGAUAGACUGAUUAACAUGUAAACGAGGGCUAUGGUUGGUGUAUCUCUUCUUCAAUAUGUGGGUGUGUCUCAAGAGAGUCCAGACUUGCCUGGUUCAAGAUGGCUGACUGUUGCGCUUGGUCCAUUUCAGGGCAGAAGUCAAAAGGGAGUUGGAAGGAGAGGAUUAGCAGCUGAGCUAUUGUAACAAAUGACGAGGCCUGUAGAGCCUCCUCUGAAAUGAAGGAUUUGUGUAUAGCCAUACAGUACACUCCUGGUGUGUGUUGUUUUCUGUGGGUUCCUGUUGUAAUGCAACACUCCUUUAUGAUGUCCGUUGUCUUUAACACCCUCAGUAGGGAUUGGAGAUGAUGCCAACAGUUCUUUGGAUCUCAUACGUAUGAUCCUGUUCAGUUAUGUGUCACACUGAGCACCAAAGACUUCCCACAUCACUCGGUGUUCAAACUUUUUUUUUUUUUUUUUUUACUGCUAUCUCUUUUUUUUUUAUGUAAGUGAAACAUUUAGUGAGGUAGUGUACCAUUGUUCCUGACAUAUCUGUUUGUCAUGUUGAGCUGAAACACUCUUUUUGUAAACAUGCAACCCAGAUUUCUCUAAGAUCAACUUGGCUUUGGGAGGAAACUUUUAUCCUGGUGCGAUAGAAAUUCACGUUUUUUUCCUCCCGACUGCUGUCGCUGUGCACUGUUGAAGAGCCACGAGUGCCUACACUUGAAGUGACGUUGAUCACGUCCUGCUGACUACUCCAUGUUUCUCUAUGCUCAGCUGUAGAGGUUAGAAUCGCCCCCGCCCUCCCCAUCCCUUCAAAUAAAAAAAUAAAUGGCCAAGCAUUUGGUUUCCUCCUCCUGCUGCUGAUUUCAUGUUCUACAAGAUAGUAAAAAAAGGCAGCGUCGGGCUGUGCUUUCUCACUAGAAGCAGAAGGCCAGAAUGGAGCGAUACUCAACAUGUGCCAGAGAGAUAAGAGACACCCUCCGGCUGUGUGCCUACUGGUGCUUGUACUUCUCUUCCAUUCUUCCUCCGUUGUAUUGAGGUUUGCCUGGGUUGAAUUGUCGAGAUUUAUGCAUGUGUUGUUGUUGCUGGGUUUUUUGUUUUUGUUUCAAUUUGUGAAAUAACAGGGCUCUGAAAUGUUUUGUGUCAUAUCUUGGUGAUAAUACUUCAACCUCAAGGCAAAGAUGUGAACCACAGAAUGGAUAAAAUAUACUUUACUAGAGAAAUAGCAGAGGCAUCAGCGUCUCAAUCAACCAGCAUUUCUAACAACUAACAUUGGAUAAUUCUUUUUGUGCAUGGCCUUCGCUCUUUGUGUUCAUUCUGAAGAUUCUUCUUUAAUACAUUCUUUUUUAGCUGUUGAGCUGCUUUUUACGUUUGAACUCAUCCUCUGUAUCCAUUGUUUUAUAUGUGACUGGUGAUAUUUUCAGUGUAAUGUUGUAGGUAUUUACUUAUAAUGAAUGUUUAAGUGGAAUUUAAUGCUAUUUUCAAGUUCAAUAAAUCUCAAAUUUUUGUA